AGGUGUGGCCAUGGGGCGAAUACUUCCUUGUCAGGUUGUGAACACCAUUAUGUAAAAUAUACUUAGCCAGCUGAGGAAAACACAGCCUCAGUUUGAGGACUACAGAAAAUUGUUUUUGCAGUCCGAACUAUUUCAGAUAACUACGCUAGCUCGAGGCUCAAAAUUCUGACUGUCAAAUUGCAAUUAAUUGUCGCUUCUCUAUUGGUUUUGACAAACUUAAUAGCUUGUAAGUCACAUAUUGCGGCGAGUACUGCAGUUGUAGGACCGACCGACAGUAAGUUACCUUCUAUUUUGAAAAAUAUUGCAAGGGAAAAUAGAUAGCUAGCCACUCGCAUAUUGCAUUACAGGUUCGGUUGCCGAGGUCCUUGUGGGAGCAGAUGUAAAUUUACUGUGCAACAUUGGGGGUCUUUGGAAAAGGCUGUCGUUGAAGCAGGCAUUCAUCCGGACAUCGAUAACUUAUUUCAUCCUACGGGCCAGACAAGAUAAACCAAGUUAGAUGUGGUGUUAUUUACCUUGAGCCCAGGCCUAUUUGGGGGCGUUUCUGUGAAAUCCAGGAUGUUGGGACUUUUGGCCAGGACGAUGAUGACUAAGACAUGUCUCGUGAAAUCGUCCACCUUGGUGAAGCCGGUGUCGGUGACGAAGAUCCCCGGCCGUUACUUGGCCCAUCAGGAAGGCCUGCCCAAGCUGCCGGUGCCGCCCCUGAAGCAGACGUGCGAGCGCUACCUGGCCAUGCUGGAGCCCGUCAUUAGCGAGGCUGAACUGAGCCACACUCGCCAGCUGAUGGCGGAGUUUCUGCGGGCGGGUGGCGUGGGAGAGAGGCUGCAGAAGGGUCUUGAGCGCCGUGCCCGCAAGACGGAGAACUGGUUGUCGGACUGGUGGCUCCAAACGGCCUACCUGGAAUUUCGGAUGCCCGUGGUGGUCUACUCAAGCCCUGGGGUGGUUCUCCCUCGCCUGGAGUUCCACGAUCGACAGGGACAGAUCAGGUAUGCUGCAAAACUGAUUGCAGGGGUCUUGGACUUCAAAACUAUGAUUGACAACGAGACCUUACCUGUGGAGUACCUGGGCGGGAAGCCUCUCUGUAUGAACCAGUACUACCAGGUCCUGUCCUCCUGCCGUAUCCCCGGGCCCAAGAGAGACACGGUGGUCAACCACGCCCUGGGAAAGAGACCGCCCACACACGUCACCGUGGUGCACAACUUUCAGUUCUUUGUUCUGGAUGUGUAUAACAGUGAUGGCACACCACUGACAGUAGACCAGCUGUACAUGCAGCUGGAGAAGAUCUGGAACUCCUCCCUCCAGACCAACAAAGAGCCAAUCGGCAUCCUGACCUCCCAGCACAGAAACACCUGGGGGAAGGCCUACAACAACCUCAUUAAGGAUAAGGUGAAUAAGGAGUCCGUGCGGGUCAUCCAGAAGAGCAUCUUCACCGUGUGCCUGGACGCGCCCAUGCCGCGCGUGUCAGACGAGCUCUUCCAAACCCGGGCCGCCAUUCAGAUGCUGCAUGGCGGGGGUAGCCGAUGGAACAGUGGGAACCGCUGGUUCGACAAGACCCUGCAGUUCAUCAUUGGAGAAGACGGAUCAUGCGGCCUUACCUAUGAGCAUGCCCCUGCCGAAGGACCACCCAUUGUGUCUUUGGUGGACCAUGUGGUCGAAUACACGAAGAAGUUGGAGAUGGUGCGCUCCCCCAUGGUCCCCCUGCCCAUGCCGCAGAAACUGCGCUUCAACAUCACCCCUGAGAUCAAGAAAGACAUCGAAAAGGCCAAGCAGAACAUGAAUAUAAUGGUGCAUGAUCUGGAUAUGAAGGUCUUUGUGUUUUCCCACUUUGGCAAAAACUUCCCCAAGUCCCAGAAGAUGAGCCCUGAUGCCUUCAUCCAGAUUGCUCUGCAGCUGGCCUACUUCAGGAUGUACCAGGCCUGCUGCUCCACGUACGAGAGCGCGUCCCUGCGGAUGUUCCGGCUGGGCCGCACCGACACCAUCCGCUCCGCCUCCAGCAGCUCGCUGCGCUUCACCAGCGCCAUGGACGACCCCGCCCAGCAGAAGCCAGAGAAGGUGGCGCUGUUGCACAAGGCGGUACAAGCCCAUCGAGCCUACACAGACAUGGCGAUCCGUGGCCAGGCCAUCGACAGGCACCUGCUGGGGCUGAAGAUGCAGGCCAUCGAGGACCUGGCCUCCAUGCCCGGGAUCUUCAUGGACACGGCCUACGCUGUGGCCAUGCAUUACAACCUCUCCACCAGCCAGGUUCCGGCUAAGACGGACUGUGUGAUGUGUUUUGGGCCAGUGGUUCCGGACGGGUACGGCGUGUGCUACAACCCCAUGGAGGAGCACAUCAACUUUUCUGUGUCGGCAUUCAACAGCUGCGAGGACACCGAUGCCGCCAAGCUCGCUCAGGGCCUGCGGGGGGCGCUGCUGGACAUGAGGGACCUGCUGGAGCAGACGCCCCAGGCCAAGCUGUGAGGAGCUGGACGCAUUUCAGAAAGGCGGACUCCUUCACUCCCUGCAGGGGUUGAACUGUGGAGCUCCAGGCCUGAGGCCUAUAAUGUGCUCACCUGUGCUUACAGCACUUACAGGUGGAACAGGCCCUACUGGGUGGAACUCAGACGGGCCAUUUUUGGGGCGAUGGAUUUGGGACAUGUGGAGAGGGUUUGACUUGACACUAAUUAAAUUAGUGAAAGAGAAACAGUCUGAAGAGUUGUCUUUUUUUUUUUUUUUUUUUUUUUUUUGCCUGAUAUGGAAAGUGCAGGUGCGUCUCGUCCUGUGUCUCGAGUCAUUCUUAUUCAGCCACAGGAGCUGCCAACUGACAACAGAACUGACUGAGUGCCUCAGCACCCUCCCUUAAUCCCAUGCGAAAAGUCCCUUUGGACAGUGUUGACUACAUAAUAUGACCUGAUUGGAGACUUUUAACUGUGUAUGUGUAAACACAAUUCUGCUAAAUGAGUUGAGUAGUGUAUAUGUAAAAAAUUAAGAAAUCAUAAUAACAAUUGAAUAAAACAGAAAGGAGUAGAUAUUAAUGCAUAGAGCUUUGAAUAUUUAAAAGAAGUGGCCCUGCUCAAAUGGUUUGGGGCAAUCUGUUUUUUCAAAAUAGUCAACUGUUCUUUUUUUAUUUUUUAUUUUUUAUUUUUUGUUUACCGUGUGGUUUUGUUCAUUUUGCCACAAGAUUGAUGAUUUCCUGAUUGGCCUGUUUUUCCGCCCAGUUAAGGUUGUUGAUCCUGUAAUUUUGUCUGGGUCGCAAAAUGAGAUUCAAAAGACUGGAUUGUUUUAAGAAAGGGAUGUGUGUGUUUUUGAUGAUGGACAUUUUAGAAUGUGUGCCAAGUUUACAUGUGAUGGGAAAAGAGGAUUUAAACAGGAUACUUGUUAUCUGUUCAUUCACAACUCCGUUUCCUUUUUAUUUCUCAUAUUUCAUUAUUUUAAAAUAACACGUGCAGUGCACUCAAUAAAUCUUUCUAUUGCAGAGCUGGGAGAAAAACUGAAAAAGAAAAUUUGCUAUUGCACAAUGGAAGACAACAGCAAGAAGUCAAGUAUUUUAAUGUGGGAGUUAUGCAUUCAUUUACGUUGUUUGGUUACGAUGUUAGAAAUAUCUAUACUUUUUUGCAGCACUUAUAUUUCUUGGUUUUACUUCACUUUCUUGGUUGCACUAUAUUUUUAAUUCUGUAAGGUUUCAGAAUGGUUUUAAUAUGCAGACAUUUCACUUUUUAUUUUUCCAUUGCCUUGUAACUUGAUGUCACACUCUUAGUUCUGGUGGGUUAAGAUGAAGGAGUUCUGGGUCGUCCUGAUCUAGCAUGUAAUAUUUAGGUCUCUAAUACAAAAAAAUGAUUUGCUGCUAAAUGCUAAUUGUGUUGAACCCUCUGUUUCAUUCACAGGAAUAGAAUACUCCAAAAAAAAAACUAGCCUUUUUUAAAAUGAUGUUUGUAUAUGCUUCUUCAUAUUUAAAUAAUUUUUAAUGAUAUUUAAUGUGGUUUAUUUUAAGAAAUCUAUGUAAUUAACACAGUUUUUAAUUUAUACAGAAUUGCAUUAGAUCUUAUUUAAUGGAUUUUCCUCUUGCACAGCUCCUGUGCUUCACAACAUAAAACUGAAUUGGUGUGUGUCAAUUGCAUAAUACUCUGAUGCUAAUACUAAUAGCUUUGUCAUAAAUAUCACUGUUAUCUUAAACUUUAUUUUUGUAAUCAUUUCUAUUUUGGGGGGAUGAUCUGUACGUUCAUAUUCUAAAAUGUGAAAAUAAUGCUGCAUGGACAUAUUGCACAUUCAGUGUGUAAAUGAUUCAAUGUCCAUUCUCUGAUUAGUAUUUACAUUUAGUAAUUUAGCAGGAGUGUGCGUGUGCGUGUGCGUGUGCGUGUGCGUGUGCGUGUGCGUGUGCGUGUGCGUGUGCGUGUGCGUGUGCGUGUGCGUGUGCGUGUGCGUGUGCGUGUGCGUGUGCGUGUGCGUGACGAACAGUAAAGGGGUGCAAGAGAGUGAGGCAGUGUGACUGUCAUGACCAAUGAGUUCUGUGCUUUAUUUCCAGGGAACUAUGGGUGUUGCACAAUUUAUCAAAUCCACUCUCAGUACAAUUGAGGCACCAAAAUAUCACAUUAUGGCAGUGAAUAAAAACGGGCAAUUUUACAUUUUCCUGAAUCAAAACAUUUAGAACUGAACUGAAAACAGAAAAAUGUAAUAAAAAACCACAUUGA